AUGGAACACUCUUCAAGCGUGGCCACCGAGCAUCUUUUGCCUGAUUGGUUGGAAAGAUUAUUAGAAGAUUGUCAGGAAGAAGCAAUUCAACAUCGGAUACAUCCCGUCAUAUUGAUAAAGGGGGAGAGCCGUGUCGCCGUAUGGAAUUUGUGCGCCCAGCUCGGCUUUAAGAACCAUGAGCUGCCGGGACAGGCUUGUCGAAUUCUAGAGCGUUACCUGUCCAUUGUGAUCGCCCAAAACUACAUGUGCCUUAACCGCGAGGACUGGGUGGCGUACAGGGCGAGUUUGAUGAAGAGGGUGCCGCUCCUGAUAGCCACGUGCGUCCAGCUCGCCGCCAAAAUGUGUCACUCCGGUGCAAAGGUUAACGCCACAAUCAUCAGGUCCAAGCUGAUCGGCGCAGGUGUCAACUUCACGGUCGACGAGAUAAACGCGACAGAAUUCGAGGUGUACAGCACUCUGGAAUUCAAGAUUCCGCUCUGGACUAAUGUGGAAACGGCGCAACUGCUCGCCCUGGAGGUGGGCAUAACUUCGGAGAACUUCACCGCAGUGGCCGCCACGGUCGACCUGGCAGAGUUUAAGCGCGAAUUCAUCGAGCAAAAAGUACGUGACACCGUGAAAUUGUCAACCUUUGAGAACAAGAGGAGCCGCGUGUGCACGCUGCACCUGGCGGCCGGCGCCGUGGUGGCCGUCGCGAGGGUCCUCCACCUGCCGGAGCCGGAGCCGGCGGCGCGGCUCGCCGAACUGACGCGCGCCCCCCUCGCCUACGUGAAAUGCAUCGGUGACGUCAUCUGCACAAUCAUCCUCGACAGCGACGACCCGCCGGCCAAGCGGCGCAAAACGCACGUG